CGGUGGCGGUGGUGGUGGUGAACGCCCAGGAAUGGGAAGCGCUCCGUAUCCAGCUGGUGAGUGGAAGGGGAAGGGGAGAGGUGGCCUGCAGGAGCUGGGCUGCAUGCCUUGGAAGGUCAGCAAGCAGAAAGGAGGAGGAGGAGGAGGAGGAGGAGGAGGAGGGGAGGUGGUGGGAGCAGAGGAGCGAAGGUGCAAGGAUCCCAGGGACUCUCAGCAGCAGCAGCAGCAGCAGCAGCAGGAUCUCUCAUCCUCCUCUUCCUCCCUCACCCCCCCAGCACCUGCCCAGCCCUCUCUAACACCUCCAGCUAUUUAUCAUGAGAAGCAGCGGAGGGAGCUUUGCGCCCUGCACGCGCUCAAUAACGUCUUCCAGGACGGGACAGCCUUCAGCAGGGACACCUUGCAGGAGAUCUACCAGAGGCUUUCUCCCAGCACUCUGGUGACACCUCACAAGAAGAGCAUGCUGGGAAAUGGGAACUAUGAUGUAAAUGUCAUCAUGGCAGCCCUGCAGACCCGAGGGUUUGAGGCAGUUUGGUGGGAUAAAAGAAGGGACGUAGGAAGCAUCGAGCUGUCCAACGUGACGGGCUUCAUUCUGAACGUGCCGUCCAAUCUACGCUGGGGGCCUCUGCGGCUGCCGCUCAAACGCCAGCACUGGAUAGGAGUCAGAGAGGUGGGAGGAGUCUACUACAACUUGGACUCCAAGCUGCGUAGCCCUCAACCUAUCGGCAAUCCGGAUGAGCUCAGGAAGUUUCUCCGCCAGCAGCUGCGAGGGAAGAACUGUGAACUCCUGUUGGUCGUCUCAGAGGAAGUGGAGGCACACCAAACAUGGCGGUCUGAUGGCUAAGAGUGAACCAGCCAAUAUCAACUCCAACUAGCCCAAUGGGCCAAUCAGAGAAUAAACAUGAGAAGAAGCGGAGUCGUGCACAGCCAAUCACAUGGAUGCACACUUGCAUAUGUAAUUUUUUCCCCCUUUUUUGGGUUUUGUUUACACGGCCAUUGCUGGACACUUAUCUGACAAGAUGCAAAGCAAUGAAGGAAGCAAACACUUUACAGGGAGAAUCAAAGAAUCACAGUCCUUUACUCACAACACAGUUAAGACUUAUAAGAAGUUAUUAUUAAGUUUCUGCUCUUCUUGUGUUUUUAUAUAUUGACUAUUUUUCAAUGUCAGUUUUGAUCCGUUUUAUUUUUUUUUUCCUUUUUACUGUUCAAGUCUCCAAAGUUAUGGGAGCACAGGCUGUAUGGAAAAUGCUGUGUUUAUCUGUGUGUGUCUCCUUCAGUGAUCCUCUCUGCUUCAGGCAUGAUGUUCACUGAUGUGUCUUCGUGUUUCUGUCUCUCCUUUCAUUUCGUGAAUCCCCCCCCCGUCCUACACUUUCACCAAAGCGUGCCCUUCCUCGCCUCAGUGUGACUCCAUCUCACUCCUCUUCUCUGUCGCUUUUUCAUAUCACAGGUCAAAAUCAGCGAUUUUAUCACAUAUGCCAACUUUCUAUGUCAUCCAGUUCCCUGACACCACUGGCACAGAUUGAGCCCAUACUGUACAGUCUGUGCUGACACAACAGUUUUAUAUGGCAACAAAGCAAUGCAACACCCAAGCCAAGCACUCCCUCUAGUGGAUGUUUGUCUUAGUUUCCUUCCAAGGAAGAAGUAACAGCAGCAUUCAUUUCAUUUUUUUUAACUGUUCACAUUCAAAUGGUUACUACAAAGUAAUGAAGUCUGCUCGUCAUCAAGGAGAUGAUGCAAUACGAGAGAAAACCUCUUGUCUUAAUUAUUGAUAAAAAUCAAACUUAUCAAAAUCUGUCCCAAAAUAUAAAAUGAGAUAAAUUGGCCAUGUUUUGUAUUUCCAUGCGACAGUUACAUGAAGCAGUCAGCAAAACAAUCUCAGCGUAAGGUCCACAUACUCACUUGUUCUGGAGUUUUUGACUGUGUCACAUGAUCCUCAUCAGCAGACUGAGUUUACUCUGUUUCCAUGGAACUGUAGAUAUUCAAACUUUCCUGUAGAGCUGACAUGAUCAGUCGAUUUAUCGAUCAGUUGACCAACAGACAAUUAAUCAGCAACAAUCUUGAUCAUCUAUUAAUCGUUCAAGUAAUUUUGUAAAACUCUUUCCAGCUUCUUUAAUGUGAAUAAUUGCUGGUUUUAUGAGUCAUUUAUGAUAGUAAACUAAAUAUUUUUGGGUUCUGGGCUGUUAAAUGUCCAAAACCUGUUCAAUAAAAAAACAGUUAAAUAUGUAAACUUGGGGAAAUUGUGACAGUUUCUUGACAUUUUAUGGACCAAACUUAAUUGAUUAAUCAUGAAAAUAAACAGCAGAUGAAUCUAUUAUGAAAGAUGCUUUGCAGUAUCUUCAUCAUCUACGGUUCCAUGGCAACUGAGCAGCCUGCUGAUGAGGACCGUGUGAUACAGUCAAAAGCUCCAGAAAAACCAAGUAAAUGGACUAUGAGUUUUGUUUUGCCAAUACUGAAUGUGAGGUGAGUUAUUGUUACAGAUCAUAUCAAUAGAAAGAAAUAUUAUUUUUAUUUGUCCAUAUCACCCAGUCCUGCUUAAUUAGAACCACAAAAACUUUUUGCCGCAGUGGUAAAAUGUCACCACACAGACAGGUGACAAAACAAGGUUACACCACAAGGGGUGACACUUUUUUUUUUUUUUGGCUCCAUACCACAGCAGUCCUCUGUAGCACAGGAGCUCAGCUGAUGCCAGGCUCCUCAUCCUCCUCUUAAAUGUCUUUUGUCAAACCUGCCAAACACAGUUCUGAGAGGAUGUCCCAGAUCGUCCCACUGAGUCUUAUACAGUCAGCAGUGGUCUCUAACGUGCAAAGGUUUCAGUCUGAGGAGGGGGUUUGAUGAUCGGUCGUGUGAAGGGAAGUUUGAGAAAGAAAGUGGAGGAGGUGCCUGAGGAGUAAAUCAUACAGAAAAAGAAAAUGUGAUUUUGUGUGCAGACUGGAAAGAGAAGAGAAAGUUGACUAGGGAGCACACGUCCAGCUAGACGUGCGGUAGUGGUUGAUUAUUGUGAAAAUGAGCCUUACGAGAGAUUCACUGUUGCUUUGAGAUCUAUCAGCUUAAAAAGAAACUGUUUAUACUAUUAUACAUGUAUUGUCUUCUAAUGACAGUACUGGCCUUAACUUGUUUACAUAAAAAAAAUGAAUGUUCUGAAAGUUUAAGAUGGGCUGUGCAGUUUGACACCGUUUCAGGAGAUUUAUUCCAAAGCAUCAAUUUAUUGUAAAUUUAGAGGAGAAUAAGCUUAUAGGUUAUACAGAGCAAUCAAUCUCUAAUGAUGUUUUCACUUUUGCAGCCAAGGACUUUAUGUUAUGUACGAUUGUUUGAAAUGAUUUUAUAAAGACAAAGAUCACGUGUUUUUCAACGGUGCAUGUCUUUUCCAGCCCGGUCUGUAGACCUUUAAUGUCAUAUUAUAUCCAAGUGAACCUGCAUCCAGACAUCAGAGAGGCUGUCACUGAUUUGCUGAGAUUUGUAUCCAAUCACAUCACGACUGGCGUCUCACAACUUCAUUCAAUAUUUGCUUUUGUUUGCCAUGACAAUCCAUUCAGCCUUUCUUGAGUAAGGAAUCCUGAUUGUCACUGUAUUUUCUUUUUUAUUAUUAUUAUUUUUUGCAUAGAAAUAAAAUGCUUAUAAUGGCACUUUAUGUAUAAGCUACA